CAAACAUCUAGUGAGAGAAUAUUUAUACAAAAAAAGGAAAAAUGGUGCUCCUAGAGAAACUUUGGGACGAUGUAGUUGCAGGCCCUCAGCCUGAUCGUGGUCUUGGCAAACUCAGGAAACUUCAAACACAAAACUUAUCUAACACAGAUCAUGGAGAUGUUGGGAAGUAUCAGAGGUCGGUGUCGAUGCCUGGAUCGACAUCGGCGAACCCAACGACACCAACCUCGCCAGUGACACCGACAACGCCGAACUCGGCACGGAGGGACAACGUGUGGAGGAGUGUGUUCCACCCAGGGAGCAACCUUAACACUCGUACUAUUGGAAAUCAGAUCUUUGACAAGCCUUCCCAAGCUUCCUCCCCUACUGUUUAUGACUGGCUCUACAGUGGUGAAAGUAGGAGCAAGCAUGUCUGAAUCGUAUUUAUUUUUAUAAGUAUUAAAAAAUAUGUAAGUUACUUAUGUUGUUAUGGGGUCCAUGAAUGUGUCGGACUACAUAUUGAAUGUAAAAUAUUAAGUUUCACUAUGAGAAUUGAGAAGUAGUAAGUCGUAACUUGAGUUUUGCUUUAAUAAUAAGUUGGUGUUUAAUUAGGUUGUAUUUCUUUUCAAACGUUGUUUGUAAUCAAAUUUUAAGGAUCGCUUCUUGGAUUGA